AUGAUUACCGAUAAUGAGGAGAUGAAAGAUCACGCUACAGCAAGACUUGCCACGAUCUAUGUCCUUGCUUUUCAUCUGCACCCUCAGGUGUUUCCUUCUAACUUCCUCGGCGUUGAUAUAUUCUUUGUUAUUUCCGGCUAUCUUAUCACAAUGAUCUUCCUCAAACAAAAAAGCUUUACUUUAAAGACCUUUUUGUUCUUCGACAAGAAACGUGUCAAGCGAACAUUUUCAGCAUAUUUCCAUCAAAAAUUUUUAAAUGAGUAA